CUUAUUUUGGAACUGAAGUCUUCUCGUUAUCUCCCUCUGUUUCGUCCAAGGUUCUCCAAAACAAAGCAAGUAAAGAGAAAAUGAAGCUAAAGCAGUUGGAAGGCCUAGUUGGUAGCCUUCAACAAUUCUCCAACCCAAAAGUGGAAUUGGAACAAUACCCAACAGGACCCCACAUUGCCUCUCGCAUGCUGUUCACAGCAGAGAAUUCAUUUGAAGAUGUAAGCAGCAAGGUAGUGGCUGAUUUUGGUUGCGGUUGUGGUACAUUAGGUACUGCAGCCGCACUCUUGGGUGCAGAACAUGUCAUUGGCAUUGAUGUUGACUCCCAGGCUCUUGAAAUUGCUUCUCUAAAUGCAGAGGAUCUUGAGUUGGACAUAGAUUACGUUCAAUGUGACAUCAGGAACUUAGUAUGGAGAGGUCAAAAUAUUGACACUGUUGUAAUGAAUCCGCCUUUUGGAACCCGGACAAAGGGUGCGGAUAUGGAUUUUCUCUGCAUGGCUCUGAAGGUUGCAUCUCAAGCAGUUUAUUCCUUGCAUAAGACCUCAACAAGAGAUCAUGUGAAAAUAGCUGCAUUGCGAGAUUUCAACGCCAGCAGUGCUGAGGUUUUGUGUGAGCUUCGAUAUGACGUGCCACGGCUAUACAAGUUUCAUAAAAAAAAGGAGGUGGAUAUUGCUGUUGAUCUCUGGCGAUUUGUGCCAAAAUAGUGACUAAACACUGCUUGUUUACAUUACAUUAAGAUUGCUUAUGGGUCAUAGACUCGUAGUACUUAACAGAUGUAAAUAUGAAAUCUGUUGCAAACGUUUCAUCCAAAUUUAUUGGAUUUUAACAAUGUCAUGUUUUUGUAACAAUUGGAAAUAAGUUAUUUGGUUCUCAAAAUUGGAUUCUUCCAAUGUCACGUUUUUGUAACAAUUGGAAUUAAGUUAUUUGGUUCUCUUCUUCAA